GAUUAUUUUGUUAUUCAGUUAUUUGUUCUCUGAUGAUUGGAUUGAAAGUAGAGCCUGGAUGGUUGAGGAAGCCGUAAACGACCUAUUUAUUCGACAAUAAAUAUAUAAAUUGAUAAUUCAUAUGUCACUGAGGACCGUAUGCGGAUAAUUAUGCGAUAAGUUAUACUCCGUUCACCACUUGUAUUUCGUUUUGCAAUUCGGCAUUUUAUUUCUGCAUUGCCUCCUGUUGCAGUGUUGAUAAUUUCAAAUUGCAGGUUUUUACAAUUCUGCGCCGAAUGUAAAAAGUUGGAGUCUUGGAGUUUUGGAUUAUGGCAUGAUAGUAUUUGAAAGGAUAUGUUACGAAAAUGGUGUUUUAUUGUUCAAAUCAUUUCGUUCUUAGAGAUCACAGGAAUGAACGCAAGAGAUAAAAGCCCGUCAUUAGUUGAUGAUGUUAUCUUUCCUUAUGCUCAACCUCGUCAUGGUUCAUUGCAUCGUCGUCACGCUCGAUCAACCAUGAAAAAUCCAGGUUAUAACCAAACAUACGAGACAUUUACUGCCAAUGUAACCGACCAACUUGUCCCAGCAGCUAAUACCAGAUAUUUUGUAUCUGACGUGCCGUCUAACGAGUAUUAUUCCUACAUCACUGUGAAAGCGUACGGCCACAUAACGACAGUUACAAACCCUCUGCGAUCGUUCAGCGUCUUGGAACCCCACUCUCAAGGCGGCUGCUCAAAUAAUAUCACUGAUACAGUGGAGAACACGUCAAAGCAAAGGAAAUGCAGGGUGGCCCAGAAUGGAGGAUUCUUCAGUAUUAAGUAUGGCAGCUGUCUGGGUAAUCUAGUGAGUGAUGGUAGGCUUGUGAUAGACCAUGGGAACAUACAGAAUGCUAACUUCGGGAUUACUAAGAAUGGAACAAUUGUUGUUGGAUACAUAACUUCUGAAGAUAUUGAAAAAAUGGAUUUCGAGCAACUGAUUGGUGGAGCUGUUUGGCUUGUGAGAAAUGGUUCACCGUAUGUAGAAGAAUCAUUCAAUUGUGAAAGUGCUGACGUACAGGAGACUGGUACCCUCAGAACUUUCAUUGAUGUUCAAUCAGCACGGACAGCGAUCGGACACGAUGCUUUAGGAAGAGUUGUUUUCGUCAAUACUGAAGGUCAAACCAAAGUCAGAGGUCUCAACCUCAACCAAUUUGCAAGAUUGCUGAUCAAAGAAUUCCAUCUUGUGAAUGCAAUAAAUUUGGAUGGAGGCGGUUCAGCAACGUUGGUUCUCAAUGGUUCAUUGGCGAGUUAUCCAUCCGAUCAUUGCAAGAGUGACCCCGAGUGGCGAUGCGCUCGAGCGGUUACAACAAUUGUCUGCGCUCACGAUCCCGAUUGUGAAACAGAGUGUGUGCAUGGGGAGUGUAUCCAUGGAAUAUGUUCUUGUUCUGUGAACUACAGAGGCGAGUCAUGUGAAAAGUUGUAUUGCGGCCACCAUAACUGUUCUUCACAUGGAUCGUGCCAGCCAGAAGGCUGUGACUGCUCUCCUGGGUGGCAUGGUACUGACUGCACCUCCCCUGCGGUCCGACUCACUUUGGAAAGAAUUGCUCUCAGGAGUGCCGAUGUAGAAAUAAUGGAACUUGCAACAGCGUCACAGGGAUCUGCACUUGCCGUCCAGGAUUUGGAGGAGCGUUAUGUGAAAAAGGUUGUGAGCCCGGGUACCUAUGGCAGCAAUUGUCAGUAUACGUGCCACUGUGCCAAUACAUGUACGUGUGACCCUGCAUCAGGUGUUUGCAGGAAUGACACAUCUUAUAAUCUAGAAAAGUAUGCUAGCAUUAAUGUUGCUCAAUGUCUGAUCACAAAGCAACGAAGAAAAUCAGAAAAGAUUCAGAAAACAAAAGAUUUCAUGGAAUUCCACUGGAUGGCGAUCAUGUGUACAACAGUUGGAGCUCUUGUAUUGAGUCUCGCUUUCAACGUUUAUUUAUUAUUACUAAAAUCUGGCUGUACUGGAGGCUACGAUCACCAUGACAAUCACAAGAAAGCAAAAAAUGUUCCAUUGGAUAGCAUCCCUCUCGAUCAAGAAGAAGAUACUGAGGCGGAUGCAAAUUUCAUACCACUACAAGGCAUCUCUCUCAGUAAUCAUCAAACUACUGAAGCAGAUGCCAAUAAAAUUGCAUUAAAAGGCAUCCGUUCCAGUCCUAAGCGCAAAACUAAGCCUUUUUCAAUGGGAAAUAACAGAAUUAAAACCAAGAGGAAAUCGAAAAUGCCUUCAUUAAAAAAUUUAGUUCAAACUUUCAAGAACAAGCAGUCGCAUUCGAAAGAAGGUUACACGCCCUUGAAUAAUCCCAAUAACGAUGAAAGUAACUUGGAAUUUGAAGAGACUUCUUUAUUAUAAUAGUGGGUGUCGUAAAAAAAAAUUCUGUGCAAUAGAGGUGCUAGAGCAGGGGUGGGCAACAUACGGCCCGCGGGCCGGUCCCGGGAUUUUGAACGGCCCGCUGACUGCAUCCAACCACACUCUGUUAUGUGGUCCGACGCAUCAUUCAUGAAAGUUGCCGAUCGCUCUACUCUCACCGCACUGUCAGUGCGAGCUGGUGAAAUAAACAGUUGCCUUAGUGAACAAAC